GUCCGGUUGUGUGGGUUGCAGUUCACGCCUUGUUUGAAAGAUUAAUUACAUAUUUUUUUAGGCAAGACUCAAGCAUUUAAGUGAAAACAAAUACCAAUCCGAUUUAUGGCCCCAUGAUACAGACCAAACUUUCAAUAGUUUACUUGACUUGACGCCGCGGAUAACGAGUGUCAUUCAAACAGUAUUUACCGUAAACUGGGGUUGAAAACUACGUUUUUUGCGUUCGCCUUUCGUGAACGGUAUUUUUUGACCCUCAUCGAGUGCCGUAACUCCAGAGGCGUUGACAAGACUAUUGUGGUCAAUCUGCACACGUUCUGUCAUUUCGACUAAAUCAUUAAAAACAAGAGGGAACGGCUGACACCGGACUGGAUAGGCGAAACAGGACAAAGUGUGGUUGUGAGGGUCAACUGACUCCCAGCAGGCAGCAUGAGCUCCAAAGGUGGCGGCACCGCUCUGAGCCGCCGCAACUACCGACUGUCUUCGGACAUGGACAAGCCGAGAUCUACCGGUAUUGUGAACGAGAAGUUGCUGAGUGACUACUUGCAUCACGUCUUUCCGUCCAGCAAGCAAGGACCUGCUCUGGCCUCCCUCAGGAAGUCCUUGGCCUUCCAGGAUGUUGGUACUCACCUGGAAACGUUGUUGUGUGAGGGAGAAAGCGCUGAGGACAGUGCAGACCAGCCCGUUGAAGGUCGUCUGGGUCCCCAGCCGGUGGUUCUGGACCACACCAGCGGCUUCGAGGGUCUUCUGUUUGUAGACGACGACCUGCUGGGGGUGAUCGGCCACAGUAACUUCAGUUCCAUUCGAGCCACCACCUGCGUUUACAAAGGGAAAUGGGCGUACGAGGUGCUGAUAUCCUCGCAGGGUCUCAUGCAGAUUGGAUGGUGCACGCUCAGCUGUCGCUUCAACCAGGAGGAGGGCGUUGGUGACACCCCCGAUUCUUACGCCUACGACGGGAACAGAGUGCGCAAGUGGAACGUGACCACCACCAACUACGGGAAGUCGUGGGCGGCGGGGGACAUUGUCAGCUGUCUCAUCGACCUGGACCAAGCCACCAUCACCUUCUGCCUGAACGGACAGUCUCUGGGCACAGCUUUCAGCGACAUCAAGAUGGGUCCCGGCAUUGCGUACUUUCCCGCCAUCAGCCUCUCCUUCAAGGAGUCUGUGGCGUUCAACUUCGGGAGCCGACCUCUCAGGUAUCCCGUGGAAGGCUACCUGCCCCUGCAGGAUCCCCCCACUGCAGACCUGAUAAAAGCUCACAAGCUGCUGGGCUUCAUCAAGAACGUCCUGUCCACUGCUAUUGACACGCAGGAGGAGCGUCUGCUGGAGAAGGAUUGUUCCCUUUGGAGGCUACAUGGAGAACCAACAGUCCUCAUCACGCUGGCUCACAUCUUCAACCACUUUGCUCCUCUCAUGUGUAAAGUUUACCUGGUGGAGGAUGUGCUGAUGAACUUCCUGCUGGGGAUUCUGGAGGGUGGAGGUUCUGUGGAUGAACACCCGCUCAUACAACAGCUGCUGGACCUCUUCUGGCUCCUCAUGGAGGACUACGAGGUGAACGAGUGUCUGAAGCAGCUGAUGAUGUCGCUGCUGAGGGCCUACCGCUUCGCCCCCAUCAUCCCUGACCUGGGCUUCCAGAUCCACUACCUGCGCCUGACCACCGCCAUCCUGCGCCACGAGAAGUCCAGGAAGUACCUGCUCAGCAACGUCCUAUUCGACGUGCUGCGCUCCGUCGUCUUCUUUUACAUCAAGACGCCACUCAGAGUGAAGGAGGCGGGGCUAGAGGAGCUCAUUCCCACCACCUGGUGGCCAACGCACUUUGAUAAGGAGGGCAAAGAUGAGCGAGAGCCCAAGGCUGAAAGUUCUGAUGAGCGUUUGAGGCGGCGAGCUUACGAGCGAGGUUGUCAGAGGCUGAAGAAAAGAAUCGAAGUGGUGGAGGAGCUGCAAGUGCAGAUCCUCAGGCUGCUGCUCAACAACAAGGACAAAACCUCGGGCCAAGCGUCACGCUACAUUUUCCUCAAUAAGUUUCGCAAGUUCUUGCAAGAGAAUGCCAGCAACAGAGGGCAUCCUACAGCUCUGUGCCCUCCAGAGUACAUGGUGUGUUUCCUGCACCGGCUCAUCACGGCUGUGCGCGCCUGCUGGGAUGAAGGCAGCAGGAAGAGUCCGGCCAGCAUCAACAGUGAUGUGGUGUACGUCCCUCCCCAGCUCUUCUACAAUGGGAAGGUGGACUACUUUGACCUGCAGAGGCUGGGGGGUCUCCUGUCGCACCUCAAGAAGACACUGAAAGAUGAUUUGGCGAGUAAAGCCAACAUUAUCAUCGACCCCGCAGAGAUCCAGGCUACCUCCAUGGACGACCUUGACGAGGACGAGGAGAGCGGCGCAGCGCAGAGGCCGUUUGGCGCUGUGGCGAUGGGCGGAGCUCUAGCAAGACCCAGCUGGCUGAGCUCGCCCACCCUGGGUCGAGCCAAUCGAUUCCUCAGCACGGCCGCCGUCAGCCUAAUGACCCCCAGACGACCCCUCAGCCAACCCGAGAAGGUCAAAGUUCGCACCCUUGCUGUGGAGCAGCGGACCGAGGAGGACAUCGAGGGUAGCCAUGGUAAUGACGGCUUGUUGCUUGGGCGACCUCUGGAAGAGUCGGAUCAGCCAAUGGCGGACAAGUCCCUGCUGGAGAUCAUUGAUGGCAUUGUGAUGAUGUACAACCUGAGUGUUCAUCAGCAGCUGGGGAAGAUGGUAGUGGUAGCGGACGACGUUCACGAGUAUGCAGCAGCACUGAAGGACACGGAGGAGAAGAUCGCACGAUGCCCUCCUCGAAGGUCAGACAUCCUGGAGGAGCUCCACAAGAGUCAGAAGGUGUUUGCUGAGAAGUUGAACCACCUCAGCAGGAGACUGGCCUGGAUCAACGCCACCAUCUACUCUAAGGAGAAAAUGCUGGACAUCUACUGGCUGCUGUGCGUGUGUAUACGCACCAUCGAACACGCCGACAACACGGGCUCAUUGUUCGCAUUCACGCCAGAGUUGUACCUCAACGUGGCCAUGAAUGCAUACAGCGCUCUGAAGAAUUACUUCAGUCCAGCCAGCAGCAUGGAGGAACUACCAGGCUACGAGGAAACUUUGACUCAGCUGGCUGCCAUCCUCUCCAAGCACUUUGCAGACCCACGCAUUGUUGGAACAGACAUCAAAGACUCGCUGAUGCAGGCGCUCGCCAGCUACGUCUGCUAUCCACAAUCCCUCAGGGCGGUGGAGAGGAUUCCCGAGGAGCAACGCGUCGCCAUGAUGAGGAACCUGCUGGCGCCGUACGAGCAGAGACCCUGGGCCCAGACCAACUGGAUCCUGGUCAGGCUGUGGAGGGGUUGUGGUUUUGGCUACAGGUACACUCGCCUGCCUCACCUGCUGAAGACCAAACCUGAAGACGCCAACCUUCCCAGCCUCCAGAGGGAUUUGUCCAUUGCUAGUUUCCAAAAGCCGUGUCCCUCACUGCUGCUGCAGAGACACAUGGCCCAGCUGCUGAGUGUGGACAAAGACAUGGCCGCCUCCUUCCUCAACAGCGUCCUCAACCAGCUCAAUUGGGCUUUUUCCGAGUUCAUCGGCAUGAUCCAGGAGAUCCAGCAGGCAGCCGAGCGUCCAGAGAGGAACUUUGUGGAUACGCGUCAGCUGAAGGUGUGUGCCACCUGUUUUGACCUGUCCGUCAGCCUGCUGAGGGUUCUGGAGAUGACGGUCACUCUGGUUCCAGAGAUCUUUUUGGACUGGUCGCGUCCGUCCGCCGAGCUCCUGCUGCGCCGCCUGGCUCAGCUGCUGAACCAGGUGUUAAAUAGAGUGACUGCGGAGAAGAACCUGUUUGACCGCGUUGUCAACUUGAGACUGCCAGGUCUGGAGAGUGUUGAUCACUACCCCAUCCUGGUGGCUGUCACAGGCAUCUUGGUUCGAGUCCUGGUGGAUGGCGACCGUCAAGGGGGAGCAGCACACCGGGUGGGCGGAGGAAGUCAGAAUGAAGAGAAAGCAGUCGCGCUGACGGUGGACGAGCGGGGGGGCAUCCAGGCAGAGUAGAGCGCCAACCCACGCACCUGGAAGACAGCGCUGCAGGUUACACUUUCCAAAAGAUGACAUCAGCAUCAAGUCAAGUCAGUUAUAGAGGGGCGUGUCUUUGUUUGAUUGACAGCAGCUGAAGUGCGGGCCCUUGUUUGGCAUCAGACGGAGGGGUGUGUCUUUCUGAUUGACAGCAACUGAAGGAGCGUGUCCCUCUGGUUAAGCCAAGUGCUCACAAGCUAAGCGAUGCUAGUUUCAAGCGUAAAAAUGGUUAAAUGAACUAAAAAUACAAAUAUAAGGCAUUCAGAAGACUCGUUCAAAGACGUGAUGAUGUGUAGUUCUAUACUGGUCACUAGAGUCAGCAAUGUUACACUGAUGAGACAAUAGCCACUGCACUAAGUACUGUGCAGAAACAGCAAGUAAGGAAAGAACAACAACAACAAGGAAUGCUAACGUGUGAGUCUAUAUUAUGUCUUAUUUUGGUCACACUUUACAAUAAUGUACACAAAAAUACAGUAGUUACUGAGGAACUAAUGAAGAACUAAUGAGUAGAGUAGUUACUGAGGAACUAAGGCACAUACUGUACAUUUAGAGGACUUACUGAUGAACUAAUGAACUAGUAACUAACUAAUGAGUAGUGGUUAGGGUUAGGUAGGUUUGUUUCUCAUUAACUACUGUAAUUUUAAAAACCUUAUUGCAAAGUGUUACCCUUAUUUUCACUUAUUCUGUCUACUAUAUUAGGGAAUAGGUGUGUAAAGGUGACUAUUGGAGUGUUAUUUCAUGUCUAGAGGGCUCCAAUAAUGUUAGUGUAUUUAGAAGGUGGUAAACAGGUUUUCUAUGCUCUAACAACCAAAAUAUUCAGUUUAUAAAUAAGCAAUCCUACUUGGCAGAAAUUGACUUAUCACAGUUGGGCCUGGAACCAAUUUCGAAGCAAUAUUUAUCCACUUUUUCUUCUCUCCUUUUUAAGGGUAAUUUGCAACUACUUAACCCCUCCCCUUCCCUUAUGUUGCCAAGAUAGGUAGGAUCCAUGGCCGCACACUCAGCAUUUGGGGUGUUUUGAGUACAACAUCCGGGUACUCCCAGUGUACUGCACGUAUGCGCUGACAUGCUGCGUGAAAGUUCACCAAUGGAAAUCCGGCCUGGACGAGAUGAAUAAAUAUGACAGUAAGGCAGGUCUGUGCUUCAUCCGCCUACUUGUGUUACUGCUGAGGACACGAUGGCGUCGCACACACACACACACAUGCUAAUGUCUAUUAAUAGCGUGACUUCCUGGAAAGCCAACGGACCCUUCGUGUUGGUGGACAGAGAGGUGCACGUGAUCACAUGCUUGCAGCGCGUCACAUGACUUGGCGUGUUGAAAAAGUGUCUCUGUGUUUACGCUCCUGACUGCUGAAUAUUUGAUGAGAUGGAUUUUAGCGAGCAGCGUCUGGCAGAUGGAGAAUAAAAAGGUUUUAGGGUUGAGCAAAGACGCUUUGUAGGACAUCAGCAUGCAGAUGAUGAUCAUGUUUGAUUUCUUUGAUAUCGAUACUUUGCGUGGACGUGGUGCGUGUGAUUGUGUGAAAAGUGUUCUGUGUUGUCAUGCACUUCCACUCAAAUAAUAAGCGCCGGGACAUCCAUAGCACUUUAUUAGGACACACAGACAGACAGGAAGUGGAGGUAGUGCAGGGAAGAUGCAGUGAGUACAGUGAAAGCAUCCAAACAGACAACAAGUCUUCAUUUAUUUAUGUCCCUCUUGUGCUCCUUGGUGAAAGUUGCACUUGGCGAUCAAAGCCGAGCUUCUGUUUUUACAAAAAGCUCCUCCACUGGACAACAUUGGAUGUGUGACACAGUGUCUGUGCGACAGGAAAGUAUCUGCAACAAAGUUUCUUAAAGGUACAUGACGCAGGCUGUAAAGGUUUAAAGGUUUCAUUUGGGACCAGAAGCCCCCCACCCCGACUUGUUAGUGUGGCCAUCUUUGGUGUUGCAUCGGUCACAGUGUGAUGGUUCUUGGCCGGACAAACAGAAAGAAGGCAAAGCAAAGGUGCUGCUUGUGUUCAGGUGACACGGGGGUGGUGAUGGUGGGGGGUGGCGAUGUGGAAAGAGUUCUGUUUGCGUCCUGUUGCUAUGGCAGCAUGAGAGGCGUGUCCAGGAACACGUCUUGCUUUGCCUGCUGCUCUGGUUCGAGAAGUAAACCUGGCCCCACGUGUCCUUGCCCCGCCCCCACCCUGAGCCUGCCAUUUUGCUGCUCUCUGAUUGGCUCCAGAAAGACCACGUGUUUGUUGGUACUCACCUUGCGGCCCGGGCCCUCCGUGGUGGCGGGCGGGGUGGGGCUGAGGAUGGAGGACUGGCCGCUCUCUGGCCCGGCCUCGUUGGCUACGCUGGAGGGGGCGGGGGGUGCCGCCUUGUUGCAGGGGGGGCAUCUGCAGGGUGUCAGGUAGAGGUACAUGAGCACCAGAAGCAGGCUAACCACGCAGCCCAGCAGGGUGGUGAAUCCAGUGUUGAAAGAGUCGUGAGUCUCGCUGGCGUCGUGCGCCGCGACUGUCACAUUGACUUCCUGUGUCUGGUUGCGCUGAUGCGUCUGGUCCAGAGCCAUGCACCAGUAGAUCCCAGAGUCCUCUGCUCGGGCCACUGUGAUUUCCAGACUCCCGUUGGCAAACAUUUUCAAAGACCCGUUGUUGCCAGGCGGAGCCACAUACUCCUGAUUGGGGGUAACCCAGAAGAAUGUGAUGUGUUUUCCCAUCAGGGUGGUGGCGCAGUGGAGCAGCACCGUGCCCCCUGUGUUCACAGCAACACUGCUCUUCUGCUCCCUGAAUAGGGCCGUCACAGUGGUCAAGUUGCACUGGUGGAAGAAGCCACCGUGCUGGAAGAAGCGCACGGUGCCUUGUUGCAUCCCGUACACCCGGCAGGUGUGAUCCUGCCGGAAGUCUGUCACUGACGCAAAGCCUCUCUCCUCCCAGAGGCGGAACAUUCGGAACGUGGCGCAGUCACACACCAGCAGGUUAUUGUGAAGGUAGAAUCCCUGCUGGAGUCUGCUGGGGAGGCUUGAUAAGUACUCCAGGGGGAGCUUGCGCAGGUGGUUUGAGGACAGAUCCAGCAUAGCCAGCUGAGGGUGGCUGCGGUCUCGGACAGAGAAGAAAGGGAAGUCGAUGAGUUGGUUGUGGCUGAGGUAGACUUUACGGAGGCUGCCCAGUCCUGCCAGGGCGCCACUCUCCACCUGAACCAUAUGGUUGUUGAAGAGCAGCAGCUCCUCCAGUCCAGGAAUGUCCUGGAAGUAGUGUUGCUCCAGAACCCUCAGUUUAUUGGAUGACAGGUCCAGGUGGCGCAGCAGGCCUCCAGAGGAGUUCCCAAAGGCGCCCGGUUGGAUGGUUGUCAGCUGGUUGUGCGCCAAGCGUAAAGUCUGCAGACGAAACAGUCCCUCAAAGCUGCCCCCCUUCAGCUGAAGCAAAUGGUUAUGGCUGAGGUCCAAAGUGACUGCGGAACUGGGCAUGUCUACUGGGACAUGGUCCAGGCCCAGCCCGGUGCAGCUCAGGAUAUCGGAAGCACACAGGCAGCCGCCUGCGUGGGUGGAGUUUUGUCCCGACUGGCAGAUACCGACCCGGCUGGACAAGACCUGCUGGAGACAUCCGAGCAGAACCACGAAGGACCUCCACGAUGGGGUCAGAAGAGCUGACAUGAUGCCACCAGCACCACUGGUCCACCUCCUGUCACAGCAAACUCAUUUUCGCAUCCUUCAUCUUUAAAACAAACAGUGCAUACUUUGUUUUGUUCUGGCAGCAGGCCUGACCCGUCUGAGCCACACGCUGGUGCCGCCAGGGUGAAAACUUAAAUCCUCCCCCAGUCCAUCAUGCUGCCCGACACCAUAAACACUCAAGUCAGUGUGUGAGUGUGCUGUCAGCUCAUGUAGAACUCGCCGUUAACGUCCUGCUGGCAGCGCCACAGCCAUCUGGACCACUCAGAACCGAGCCUUAUGAUGUAGACGGACGAAAACGAUGUCUGGUGCAGGCGUAAAGAUGAUAAGACUUGAAGAUGCAGCAGAGAGAGUUGAGAUUUGCUGAAGAAACGUCUCACUCACUUCAGUCGUGUGCUGGCGUGACAGCAGCGCCGCUCGUCGCUCGUGCUUCCGCUUUGUCUCGCUGGCAGCAUGUUUGUGUUUGGGGAACCUCAGCACCCGCCCACAGCCCGCCCAGUCCCAACAUCACAUGUUGCCAGUCCGCAGAGACCACACUCUCCUGCUCCCGCCACUGCUGCCGACCCGCUGCGCACUAACAUGCUGGAGCAGCAGGAUGCUUCCAGAUGUGCUCCACUCAGAGCUGCUUCCAUAGCUCCUCCCCUUGCUCCUCCUCCUCUCUCUCUCUGUGUCUCUCUCUCUGACCCUCUCUUCCUGCCUGCCUUCCCUCUCUGUCUCCUCCUCUUCUAAUUCUUCUUGUCGUGUUUUUUCUGGCAGCAGUGGCACAACUUUGUUGCACUACGUUGUUGUGUAAAUGCGCACACACACACACACACACACACACACACGUGUACGCCAGCAGAAGCACAAAAUACAGGACGUCUCUGUAAAAUUAAGCUAAAGGAGAGCAGGAUAUCUUCCUGUCCUCUGAAAGGAUGACUCGGCAUCUUAGCAGCUGAAUAAUGUCAUGUCAUUGACGGGCUCCUAAAUCACCACCUGACCUUUGACUCACAGCAGAUGUGCCGGUGUUUGUGUCAGCUGCUUUUUUCUGAAUAAAUAAAGACGGACGCCACCUUCGAAGCGUCAUGGCCGCUGGGAAACCAAGUAAUGAUGUCACGAGUGCUUACAGAAAGUAGCGCCCUGACGAUGUCAUGGACGAGGCUCAAAGAUGUCUG